AUGCAGCAUGCCCCGGCAAAAUCCUCUCUUUGUGCUCGUGCGGCCAAAUCUCUGCCUAGGAAGCAUGCUAUGUUCGCUAUGUUCAUGCAGUACCCGGCCCGUAAAGGUUAUAGUUAUGGCCCGUCCAAUGAUGAGGUGACCAUGGUCAGGGAAGCUGGUCAUCAUGUUUCGUCUCAUGAGGAUAAUGAUGUUUCUUCUCCGGUGACGUCCUCGUCGCCGGCAAGGCCAGCUAUUCAGUUUGGUACCCAUACCAGCAAGGCUAUCAGGUUGCUAUUCAGUUUGGAACAAUCAGUAUGGGUUCCUGGCCUGGCAAAAGGCCAGCUAUUCAGUUUAGUCCUGAAUUCAUCCGCCAGCAAGGCUAUUCCUGGCCUGGAGGAGCUAUCUUUGCCUUUUUUGGAUGAGGAAAUUAACCAAGUUUUUAAGGAGUUGCCGACUGAUCAGGCCCCUCGCCCUGAUGGCUUUAAUGGGAUCUUGCAGAAGGUGAUUCUUAAGUGUAUUCAUAAAAAUCAGUAUGGGUUCCUUAAAGGUAGAACAAUUCAGGACUGCCUGCCAUGGACUUUUGAAUACAUCCAUCAGUGUAAACAAUCCAAGCGACCAAUUAUAAUUCUCAAAUUGGAUUUUGCCAAGGCUUUUGAUACUGUGGAGCAUGAGGUCAUUCUACAGAUGUUGAAACAUAAAGGGCUUACUCUGAUUCCACAAGCGAUUGCUCUAUGUUUCUUUUUUCAUGCUCUUCAAACAAGUGGUGUUCGGUUGUUUACUGCUAUUCAAGAGGAAAAUAAUUCACCACCACAAGAUUUUCUCCAUGGUUCAGCCAAACGAAUUCUCACAAGUUUGAAGUCAAACUCCAUUGAAGCAACAACUUUUGGACAAGAUUCUAGUUCACAGGAUGAAGCAUAUACUGCAGGAUACUAUACAUCAUCUAGAGGUCCCGAGGCCAGCUACUAUGGCUUACAUGCCACCAUGGAUGUGUAUGGCCACGAAUUAAAACAUGGUCAGUGGAGUUCGACUACAUUUUGGGUUUCUCAUUACGGAGAUGGUAAUAAAUCAAGCUAUAAUGAGAUUCAAGUUGGCUGGCAUAUUCGUCCAGAACGCUAUGGUGACUCACACCCUCACUUCUAUACCUUAUGGACGAGAGAUGGGUUUGAAACCGGCUGCUACAACAUGGACUGCCCUGGUUUUGUACGUGCAAAUGACGCUGUUAUAGCUCCAGGUGAUGCUAUACAUCCGGUUUCUCAUGUCCCUGGACCCAUUCAAAAUAUCACUCUCAGAGUGUUUAAGGACAAAACAAGUGGUGACUGGUGGGUCUAUUACGGCUUCAACAACAUCCCCACAGGGGUGGGAUAUUUUCCGAAGUCCAUAUUCAGCUACUUAGCACAAAAGGCAAAUGUAAUGUCUUUUGGUGGAUUUGUUAAAUCUACAAAAGCGCUUCCAACUCCUCCAAUGGGCAGUGGCGCCUUCCCAAAUGGUGGCAAGGGUCGCGCCGCAUCGUUCACUGACCUUCGAUUCAUCGACCAGGAUGGGAAUAGCAGCCCAAUCACGGGAAACCUAACCCCAUUAGUCACAGAUGGCAAAUGCCACUCUAUCACUCCUAUUGAUCAUGCUCGAUGUUUCUAUGGCGGGCCAGGAGGUUGCGUGAGAUAAGUUGUGAUACUUUGAUUUUGGUCUCGCUUUAGUGUUAGUUGCCAAAUAAAAUCACAUGGAUGGUAGCAAAUUAUGAAUGGAAUAUUCACAUAUUUACAUUAAGCU